CUUGUAUUAUUCUAUUAUAUCAGCCUCCUUUAGUUCAUUGAUAAUUGCUACUAUUUCGUUGUCGUGUGACGUAUUACCUGCCUCUUUUGAAGCAAUCAACAACUUCAAACGUUCCACCAAUUCAUUCGCAUCAUCCCAAUAAAUAUACUCCAUAGGUUUAUCAUUAUAUCUUAAACGAUCGAUGCCUUUUCCUUUUGCUGAAGGAAUCGAUUUUAGACGAGUCAAUACCUGAGACGAUCUAUUCGUCGUCGUUAGAGAUUUUGUUUUGAAUAAAGGUUUUAUGAUGUAGUGAUAUUUUUCAGUACUUGACCCCUUAAGACGAUCUAACGUGUCUAAAUGAACUUCAGUUGUUGUCAAAAGAUUUUUAUAGUUCUGUAAAUCUUGAUCAUUGUAACUGGGGUCUCGGUAAAAUAGAAGCUCAUACAAGCCUGGUGUUCCAAUUACAUAUCUUCCUCCUUUGUUUUUCUCAGGUAGUAUGUUUAUAUUACCGGUUUUUCCAUCAAAUGCAAUUCGACGUUUGCCUAAUGACCAACCGAUUUCAUCGUUGUAUAUCGGACCAUAAUUUUUAUCAAUUUUAUCAUCUUUUUGGAAGUAAUCUUCAAUGAACUGAUGACUGAUGGCUGGAUAUUGGUCCAAAUAGUCUGCGAAAGCUUCCUGGGAAAUUUCGGGGCGCAUCUCUUCUGGAGAUUCAGAACGUGUAAUAUUUCCGAAUUCAUCGGUUUCGGCCACCGGUUCCGUUUCGAGAAAAGGUGUAAACACAUCAUCGGGUUCUUCCUUCUUUAUUUCCUCUUUUGGAUUUAAAUUUGUAAUCGUUUUUUGUAAUGUCUUUGAGGAUUGCACAAUUUCUUCAAGUGGUUUAGAUAUCGGUUUGAAUAGUUUAUUAAUAGACUCAUCUUGCUCUGAUUUACCUAGUUUCAACGACAAGUAUUUUUUGCGAAUCGAUCUGGCAAGUUCGGACACUUUUUUCUUGCGCAAUGCAUUAGCAACCUUAUCGUCAGACAUUUUGGUAUGGACUGAAGAUGCAGCUUACAAUUUUAUAUAUUUAUCGAAUCCUUUGCGAUACCUACCACCAUUAAGGGUAAAAUCCUUCAUAAUUACCAAAGUACCAUAGCGAUCACACCAACACUUUGAACACACAUUUUUGAAUGUGUCAAACUUUAUGUCUGGAGAUACGUGUUCGUCGAAUAUAUGUUUCAAGUUCACCUCAUCCUGCUUGAAUAACACAAUAACAUUACAAUUGUCGCGAAUAAGCUGUUUCGGUAUUUUUGAGUAUGUUUGACAAAGAUAUGCAGCAUCAAUAUCUAUUUUCUACACAUGGAGUAGUAUUCACGAAUUUUCUGCUGACCGUCACAGGCUACGUCAUCGAAUAAAAAGAUGGAAUUUGGUCGAGCUUUCUCUGGACUAAUUAUUUCCUCAUUGUCUUUAAAUGGGAAAUACCCAACACCCUUGACUUGCGCUAUAACUUCUUGUAGCAAUUGAUACUUUGGUUGAAAUAACGAUUUUGAAUAGACAUAAACAUUUUUGAAUUUCGCGCCAUUUGGAUUGAAUAGGAGCGCCAGCACGACGUUCGUCUUACCACACCCACUGGGGCCACAUAUAAUGGCACGGAAAGAAUUUGGCAACAAUUUACCAUGUUUGCCAACAGUUGGUGUUGAGGUGAAAUCCAGAUUUUCAAUGGGUAUAGUCUGCUCUUGUUGAAUUAUUUUCAUUGUGUGUGUCGUUUUUCGUAGUACUACUCUUUAAAUAUAGGUGUCACCAAUUGAGCGUGUCAGUCUUAAUGUUGGUGUUUGAAGGAGAUGGUAUUUUGAAUUCUCUCAUCAAUAAACUAUUGAACUUCACUUACCUAGCUAUCAGUACUGUGGACCUGGUACAAAAUUGGAAAAACGUCUUGAUCGUGGAGAUCCGGGCAUCAACCCCUUGGACGCUGCUUGUAAACAACACGAUAUUUCUUACUGGAAGAAUAAGUCUCUCGAAGAACGACACAAAGCCGAUCAUACUUGAAGAUAAAGCUUGGGCACGCGUCAAAUCAAAAGACGCUUCACUGGGAGAGAAAGCUGCUGCAUUACUUGUAACAGGCGGAAUGAAGGUGAAAAGAAAGCUGGGAAUGGGUUGUCGUCGCAAACGUCGUUCCUUGCAUCGAGAUGUUAUUCUGAAAGUGGGAAAGUCAUUGAAGAGAGGAACAUCUAUGAAAGACACCGCAACGUUUGCCUUACGAGCAGCCAAAGCACUUAUUAAAGAAUUUGGCGGCAAAAAAGAAGUCGAGGUUCCUCGAGUAAUGCCUGUAGCGAAAUCCGGAGGUUUCCUACCACUUAUUCCUUUGUUUGCCAGUCUUUCGGCACUUGGAGCUUUGUCAGGUGGUGCUGCUGGGAUUGCAAAAACCGUCAUUGAUGCUAAGCAUGCGCAAAAGAAAUUGUAGGAAGAUGUACGUCAUAAUAAGGAACGUGUAGGAUCUGGCCUAUACUUGAAAAAGUAUUCAAAAGGUGGAUUUGGAUUGUAUUUAAAAAAAAAAACAAAAAAAACUAAUAAAGCUACCCAAUCACGCACUAUCUGACUUUGACAUUGCGCAUUAUGCAAAAUUACUUAAAAUAUCACAUUUUCGAGGAGUUUUCAUGCGAGACACCCUCUCCAAAGACGGUCCUCGAAGACAAGAAUGCGCAGUGGUUAAUUUAGAUGUCUCUAAGAAUAGGGAGUCAUUGGGUGGCUUACAGAAAGAUAAACAACGAUGUAGAGUAUUUUGAUUCAUUUGGUAAUUUGAAGCCGCCGAAAGAAGUUGUUGAAUAUCUGGGAAAGAGUGCGAGAAUUUUCUACAACAAUACCCAAUAUCAAAACUACAAUCAAAUAAAUUGCGGACAUUUGUGUUUGAAAUUUCUACAGCAACAAUGACGAGCGU